UUUAAGGGGGACCUUCCUUCGGUUGUCCAUAAAUUGAACAUCGGCAGUUUAAUAUUUUGAGCAUUAGUCACAAACAGCCAAAACUGCUAGGAUUUUUUUUUGUCAAUCCAUCUCUGUGUCCACUUUGCUCCCAAAUCCUUUUGCUUUGUAUAUAUAUAUAGCUUUUCUCGUAUAUACAGAUCAAUAUGGCCGAGGCUGCUGGGAGCAAUGGAUACCAUGAAGUUGUUGUCAACGUUAAAGAUGGUGAAAAUACUCCUGGCUCUGCUGUCUGCAAAGCCAAACAAGACUCCGACCUACAAUUUUCUGUGCCUUUCGUGCAGAAGAUAAUAGCUGAGAUUUUGGGCACAUACUUUCUGAUUUUUGCUGGUUGUGGGGCUGUGGUGGUGAAUUUGAGCAAAGAAAAGGUUGUGACACUGCCUGGGAUAUCAAUAGUGUGGGGGCUGGCGGUGAUGGUCCUGGUUUAUUCUGUUGGCCAUAUCUCUGGUGGCCAUUUUAAUCCUGCUGUCACCAUUGCUUUCGCAACCUGCAAGAGGUUUCCAUUGAAACAGGUACCAGCUUAUGUAGCAGCUCAAGUUCUUGGAUCGACACUGGCGGCUGGAACCCUUCGAUUGCUCUUCAACGGGAACCAAGAUCACUUUGUAGGAACAGCACCAACUGGGUCUGAAAUGCAGUCUUUUGUGAUUGAGUUCAUAAUCACAUUUUACCUCAUGUUUGUUAUAUCUGGAGUUGCCACUGAUAACAGAGCGAUUGGAGAGCUUGCAGGGCUCGCUGUCGGUUCCACCGUGCUGCUUAAUGUGAUGUUUGCAGGACCAAUAUCAGGAGCAUCAAUGAACCCUGCAAGAAGCUUGGGACCUGCCAUUGUGUCAAGCCAGUAUAGGGGUCUAUGGAUUUACUUGACUUCACCAAUCCUUGGCGCCACAGCCGGAGCUUGGAUGUACAAUAUGGUGAGGUACACGGACAAGCCCUUGCGCGAGAUUACAAAGAGUGCUUCGUUCCUGAAGAACGUGAACAGCACCUAAGAAUUCAAUUAAGGAGUCUAAUUUACAGAAUUAUUAGGUUAACUUGUGUAAAAUACAGAUUUUGGAGGGUUUUCUGCAUCAUGUUACUGGGGUGGAUUUGUAUGUUCUGCAUUUGUGUAAGCAGACACAAUUAUAUAAGUUUUUAUCUUCUUAAAAUGUAUGUAUUCACUCCUGUAAUACGCAUAGUAAAAUAAAGUAGCACUUUGUUA